GGUCAACUCGUUCCGCGUCAAUCCACAACUCACUGCCCACAAACUCUGCGUCGACUAACCCCCAGCUCCCCCCGCCGCCAGCCGCCACGCCGAGGUGGCGAUGAGCGGCCGCGUGUGCCAGCUGAGCAUCAAACACCCGCAGUUCUCCUCCACCCUGUACCCAUCCCCGCCGGCGAAGAGCUCCAGCAGCAAGCCAGCCUGCCUGAAAGCAUCCGAGCCCAGGUGGACCGGCUCGAACCCCGCGGCCCCCAACCGCCGCCGCCACCGGUCCAGGGGCUCGUGCCGCUCGACCCGGUCCGGCCCCUCACAGGCCACCACGUUGCAUAUCUGCCGCGCGAGGUACACCUCUGUCAUCUCCAGGUCCUGGGUUUCGGGCCGAGCCGGCCCGAAUCCCUCGAGCGAGUCGAACAUGGUGGAAUAGUAAUGGAGGGCCUCGUCGAACCUCUCCAGAAAACUGCAGCCGUUGUGCCCGUGAAGCUCGAAAACAGAGUUCACGGCCAGCGACUCGCCUUCUACGGGCCCGACACCAAACAAGCUCGGAUCCAGAUCGGCCAAGGAAUUAGCCACCACGCCACGAAAUUCGAACUCGACCCCUAUCGUCUCCGCCAGCUGUCCCAAUUUCAGACCCACCUGUUCCAAAGCGUCGCCGUUAUCGGGCUGAGGCGGCCCGAUUCCAGUGAGUCGAAAAAUCGGCGGGCCGCCCGGCCGCACAGCCAAAGCCUGAAUCAAGGCCGGCCACUGCAUCCCCUGUUUCAGGCUGAAAUCGACCACGUGGACCCUAUCAGCUCCGGCGAACGCCUCGAGAAUCGCCUGGUUGGCCGUGAAGUGCGCGAAUUUGAGAUAAGGCCCCGUCUCGUAAAAAUGGGUCUGCAAAAUGUCGCUGUACGAGGGGCCGAGGGAUUCCGGCGGGCGAAUCCGGUAGAUCCUUCGGGCCAGGGCCUCGGCGAAGUAUGUGGCCACCUUCCUCAUGGCCCCCACCUGAGAGACGGCCAACACGCCGAUGUUCUUGACCAGAGCAUCGGCCAGCUUCGCGUUCCCCUGCUGUACGGCCUCCGCGCACGCCAUCAGCAUGUGAACGAGCCUCACGCCGGCCUCCUGCGAGUCCACCACAACAACCGGCCGCGGGGCCUCCUCCUCCGCCGCCGAGACGAUUUUAGCCGCUUGCUGCCGUCUCCAAGGACCGCGCCGCCGGGAAUCACCCUCAGGUCGUCGUCGCCGUUCGAGAAGCCGGUGAAGCCGCCAGAAGAUUGUCCCGAAAUCCCGAUCUGGGUCGAGAAAUCGAGCUCCGACAGCAUGGAGUCGACCCAGCCCGAGAGAUCCGACGGGAGGGAGGAAACUCCGUCGUCUCCCGCCGCGGCGGCGGCGGCGGUGGUGCCCAUUGCCAUCUCCAGCUGCUCCAGUUUCUCGGCGACCUCGGCCAUGUCCGAGGACUUUACCUUGUACCCCAGGACGGCGAAAAGCUCGUCCAUGCCGGCGUCCUGCGGCUGCGGCUCCGGCCAAAGAUUCGAUUUUCCGGCGGUGGACGCCGCCGAAUCUGUUUUAUUGCGCUCACGAUCUCUUUUCAUCUGCCCUAUAAAAUUUAGUGGUCAAAUUACGUUGGGAAAAAUGAAAGAUAUCGAGUGGGUGAAAGCUUGA